AGAUCCAAGAACUAAUCAACAAUUACUCGUGAGUCCGAGAAGGAUUCGAUCGCCGAAUCAAACGACCCAAAAGAGUUCGAGCUGAUUGUGGCUUGACGGGUGCCACUAAAGCAUAUCCGUCAGCUCUGGAUUUGUAAUCUUGGCCCAGCGAUGCAAUCCUUGCGCUACUCCUGCGCACCACCAAAACAGACGCGGGACCCCUGCCUCACUCCCUUAAUUGGGACGACGAACCACGACUCGGGUCUUCAAAUGGUUGAAAUAUCCAACUCAUCCACCUCGACUGUCUGGGAUUUCCACUUUGUCUGGCGGAGUUGAAGACGGCAAACCCCCAACGACGACUUCACAAUGGAGACUUCAUCACAACGCCGCAAGGCCUGUGACUUGUGCUUCCUCAAGAAGAUCAAGUGCGACAUGCUCAAGCCGGCCUGCUCAAAUUGCCUACUGUAUAAGUCCGAGUGCCGCACCACCACAGUCCGCCGCAGAGUAGUACCGACGAAAGAGCGCCAACAACGGCCAAAAGAAACCACCGCGGGAGACCCGAAAAGAGUGGUGGAGUUGGAGAGCCGCCUGGCAAAGAUUGAAGAGCAGCUGCAGCGCGCACUGGAUGCGAAUAUUCGCCUUUCCAGCCAAGUUCCGGCCUCGGCACCAGUACCAGCACCAGCACCAGUCCAGUCCGCACCGAUCACAGAAACCAUCGAGUUGCCCCUGGACAAUGCCGGCCACUCAACCGACAGCACCGAGUUCAUCAAUGCCUUUUCGUGUAGCGAAAGCCUGAGCGAGUGGGUGGUCGAGACGGAGAAACCAAAACUGCCGCCGCUGGAGGAAAUCAUGCCCGUUAUUGACGAGUUCUUCAACCGGUACAACUCCAUUAUGCCGCUCUUCGACCAGCCGACCUUUAUGCGAAUGCUCUCCGACUGGUAUUCGCCAUCUUCAUAUCACUCGUCCGCCGCAUGGGCAGCCAUUAACAUCGCCUUGGCAUUAGGGUACCGCUGCACGUUGAAGCAGUCUGGAAAUCUGGAUGCCCUAGUGGACGAUCAGAAGGUGCUGCACCACAUGCGCAACGUGCAGUCUGUUGUGUCCGACUUGGUGACACGCGAGGAGGAUCUGUUAGGAAUCCAGGUCCUCGUGGGCAUGGUCGUUCUCUUUCAAGGGACAAAAGACCCCAAGCCAGCUUCGGUUCUCAUCGGGACGGCUAUCCGGCUGGCGCAUCGGCUGCACCUCCACGACAAGGAGUCCCUGCAGUACUUCCCGGCCGCGGUUGCCCGGCAGAGGUCACGGCUCUUUUGGAUUACAUACUGCAUGGACAAGGACAUCAGUUUGAGGUCAAAAACACCUUCGUUCCAGCUGGAUGCAGAUAUCGACCUGCCGCUGCCGGAGCUGGACCCGGACGACGGGGCCGGCGUCAUGGCUGCGUCCAAUGGCAGCAAGUUCAACUUCUUCCGGGCGAGGGUCGAGCUCAGUCAUAUCGCGGGUAAGGUGUACGACCUCCUGUACAGCACUAGGUCGCGCAAGGUGGCAAAGUCGGAAGCGCAGCUGCGAGUGACGCGGCUGGAGGAGAUGCUCGAGACGUGGCGCCGCAACGUGCCUGCGGAGUUUCAGCUCGCAUCGCUGCUCGAGUACGCCGAGCCGCUCCCGGCGGUACACCUUUCGCUUCUGUAUCACAACUUCUUUGUGAUUACCGUCAUGGUCCACGGCAUCUACUCGCACGACGCGGACUGGGUGCAAAGAAUCAGUUCGUAUGGCCGGGCGGCGAUACAAGACCUGGAUGGAGUGGGACAACCGCAUAGCCGGCAGAACGCACCAUUGCCGACGGGGUGGGCAAAGUGCGUGGAGCUUAGCCGGGACUGCAUGAAUCUGUUUGUGGAAUCGCCCAAGACAGACUGCAGCAUCUGGUCCAACGCGUGUGCGCACUUUUCGGGACUCAUCAUUAUUCUAUCCAACAUGUUUGUGUUCCCAGAGCACCAGCAUAUACCGACAGACAAAGAGCUCGCGGAACAGGCGAUUCAGAUGUUUGAUAUGAUGCUGCGCAUAUCGGCAAAUGAAGACUUUCGCAAGUUGCAUGAGGUGGUCAGGGAGCUACACCGACGGGCCAUGGCGACGGUGGACAAGGUGGCGCGGAAGAGAGAAGAGCAAGCGGCUGCGGCUGCGGUGGCGGAGGCCAUGGACAGUACGCUGCCGUUUGGGAUGCAAUUCGAAGAGGAUGUGAGUUUCUUUGGGGGCGCAAGCAUGGCGGACUUUACAGGGCCUUUUCCUGGAGUUGUCAUGGAAGAGUCACCGGUGACGGUGGAUUCAGAGACGGCAGAUACGCUGGAGGGCUUCGAGGGGCACUUGGGUCGUGCAGCUGCGACGGUUGGGCAUAGUCAUUAUUGAGGCUGGAA